GACAGAGCAUGCGCGAGAUCAUGAGGACGAUGCGGCGCAGACGCACUGAAGCACAAACAGGGGAACUGAAUUCCCCGGAACAAGUGGAACUCUAAAUAAGACUUAUAAAAUUAGUAAACAUGGCGACGAAGAACAGUGCGGAAGAAACGGUCGAAAACGGUCAAGGGUCCGAUGAUAAUGACAACAUGACAACGACAGAGUACUGCCAGCGGCUGCAGCAGUGGAUGUGGCGCUAUCACAGUGGUUAUGUGAGCUGGCAGAGCUGGGUGCUCAUGUCCGCGCCGCUCUUUCCUCCUCAGCUCGGGUGUCAGACACCCGGCGGCAGCUCCUCAUCUGUGUGUGCCGCGACGCCCGCUGAUAUCGCCGCUUGGUUUAACCAGACGAGCAGCCCAGCAGCCCCCGUCUCAUCCAGCACUGCUGACCGAGGCCCAGCACAGCCUGCAGGUAGAGAGUACACCAUCCCCUCCCCUCUCCGUAGAUUUCUGGCCGAAACUGUGGAUUUCUUCAUUCUCUUCUGUGUUAAGGCAACCAUAGUGUUGUGGAUCAUGCAUCUGAGUGGAAUAAAAGAUGUCUCCAAGUUCAUGAUGCAGUUUAUCGUGGAAGAGAUCGAUGAGAACACAUCACUGGAGGACCUGCAGAAGAUGAUGGCCGUGGCUUUAGCAUACAGAGUCCUAGUGUGUGUCUAUGAAAUCAUCUGUAUUUGGGGAGCUGGUGGUGCCACUCCUGGAAAGUUCCUGCUGGGGCUCCGAGUCGUCACAUGUGAUACGACAGUCCUAGUGCAGCCGAAUCGGGUUUUUGUAGUACCCGCAUCCAAUGUCAGCUUAUCUUCCUCCACUGUACGGGCUUUAAACAAAAACCUCUCCAUCGCCUUCCUGUUCCCUAUCUUUAUCACGUUACUAUUUUUCCAGCACAACAGAACUGUUUAUGACGUUGUGGCUGGAACCAUCGUGGUUCAGAGGAGAAGAGCCAGAUGACCAGCCUGCGUGUGUCAAAAUCAUGCGAAAGCAGCUCCUGUCAAGCAUCAAGUGCUUUCAAAUGUUCUCAGUACUUUUUUUCUAAUGAUAUCCAUAUAGUAUUUCCUGCAGAUUUGCACUAAUGAUCCAUGCAUUAAAGUCUGAUCACAUAGAUAUUGUUUACAGCACUGAGAAAUAUCUACCUUCUUAGAAAAAUGAUCCUUUAUCAGACAGUAUUUAAUGUUGAAUGAUGAGUGAUAUCAAGCUCAAGACGUGUGUUUUAUCUAGACAUACUUGGAAAUUUCAUCCGAGUGGAAUGUUUCACUCUAAACACCGGCUUAAUCCACAAGGUUUUCAUAUCUUCUCCUCAGAUUCAACCUGUAAGGCCCAGAUGGGUCUGUUAUUAAUCUUACUAAAGGCAGGGAAUUGAGCUCGGCAUUCACUGCAUAUCCUUCCACACAUGCACACAGACGUCCGGAAUGUUCCAUUCCUUUUGUCAAUUCAGUCAGAGGCUGAUAUGCCUCACUACAUUUCUCAGGAUUUCUUAAAAAACUUGUUUAAUGUGGCGUAUGUUUCAGUUCUGAUCUUAUAUAUGUGAAGAGUUAAGAACUGUAUUUUGAAAUUCACAUUAUCUGCCCUACAUCAUUCAGCAUGCUAAACUCAUCAGCUGUUUUGUGUUAUCAUUGUGCAUGGUUCAUAAAUUCAAAUUAUUUUAAGACCAGAUUUGAUAUCACUUAUGUAUUUUAUGCACAAAUAUUAUCAAAUCUAUCUGGUGUGUGGCUAAAUUAAAUGAACUUCUCUGAGA